AUGGACAUGCCCAGAAACAAGACGCAAAAAAGUCGCUGCAGGUUUUUCUGGUUUCUUCUUUUCUUCUUGUUCAUUAAUGGAGCUGUUCUUGAAGCAUGGGCUAAAGGGAGUGUUACAAGAUAUUAUGAACUUAAGGGCCCCCCGCCUCGGUAUCAACUUUUCAUUCCGUUUUUCAAACGAAAAAUUCUCUUGAAUGAACAGGUUCAAACAGCUUCUAUUACGAAACUGUGCAAGACAUCAACUGUUGUCAAUGUAAAUGGGAUGUAUCCUGGACCUAAGAUUUCUGCUCGAGAAGAUGAGAGGGUGGUUGUCAAGGUCACCAAUCUUACUCCAUAUAAUAUUUCAAUUCACUGGCAUGGAGUUCGCCAAAGGCUAACUUGCUGGUCUGAUGGCGCUGCCUACAUAACACAUUGUCCAGUCCAGGCAGGCCAGAGUUUCAGAUACGGGUUUACCUUGCUCAACCAGCGAGGCACACUCUUCUCUCACGCUCACAUAUCGUGGCUAAGAGCAAUAGUUCAUGGUCCCCUCAUUAUCUACCCCAAGCAAGGUGUUAGCUAUCCGUUUGAGCCUCCCUUUGAAGAGCAUGUGAUCGUUCUAGAGUAUUGGCUUCGAGACAUCCAGGACUUGGAAAGACAUGUGAAAGAAUCAGGAGGAGGUCCCCCAGGCUCAGAUGCCUACAUUUUGAAUGGUCAUCCUGGUCCACUCCAUAACUGCUCCAGAGACGAUGUGUACACUAUUAAUGUUACAAAGGGGAAGAAGAAACGAUGGAGGGUACCCAAAACCCUUCAACACCUCCUUCUGAUGCUGACUCCGGGUCAGACUGACAAUGUUCUAAUUGAAGCAGACCAGCCCAUUGGCUACAUGGCCAUGGCCCCUUACAUGAGAGCAAAAAACGUGCCCUUCUUGAAUAAAACAUCUUAUGCAAUCCUCAAUUAUGUUAAACACACCAAGUCAAUUGCACCGCCAACCACAGUGGAAGUAGACAAAUUAGCUCGAAAGUCAUGUUCAAGAAGGUCGAUGAUACUUCAUGAACCCAUCCUACCUAACCGAAAUGACACUGAAUCUGUUCAAGCAUUCGCAGACCAGGUCAAAAUUCUAUAUCCGAACCAACAUUGGUCUCCAAUUGACGUUCCUUUGAAAAUUGACAAAAGUUUGUUUUUUGCAAUCGGGCUUAACGGGUUCAGCUGCAACUCAUCUGAUGCUGAUAGAUGCCAGGGCCCUAAUGGGGGAAUUUUCGCCGCUUCUGUUAACAACAUAACCUUUAGAAGACCAAGGGUGUCACGUUUGAAUGCUUACUACAACAACUUAGGAGGAUAUUGCAGUACAGAUUUCCCUGACAAGCCUGAAAAGAUGUAUGAUUUUGUGAACGAGGCUGCCAAUAACAUUGGCGUAGAUACACAGCCAGCUAUUGGGACUCGAGUUAGUGUCCUAGGGUAUGGUUGGGCUGUCCAAGUCAUAUUUCAAGACACCGGCACGGUGGGAACCGAGAAUCACCCUAUACACUUUCAUGGCUUUAGCUUCUACCUGUUAGGCACAGGGCUUGGCAAUUUUAACUCCAGCACUGCAGUUCUUAACUUCUACGAUCCUUCCUAUAGAAACACUGUUGGAGUGCCAGUAGGUGGAUGGGCUGUUAUUCGAUUCAGAGUUGACAAUCCAGGAGUUUGGUUCAUGCAUUGCCAUCUAGAUGUGCACACAACAUGGGGCUCUAUGGCUUUUCUAGUGAAGAAUGGGAAAGGCAAAAUGCAAACUUUGCCACCUCCACGUCCUGACCUUCCACCAUGUUGAUAAACUUCUAGUCUGUAAAAAUCCAAUAUCUGUCUCUAGUUGUAUGUAUCUAGUAUUUUGAAUAUCUGCCAAGUUAUGUGAAUGUGUAUUUGAUUAGUUGGCAACAGUGACAAGUCAUGUAAU